AUGGGGCGGCAGCGAGCAUUGUUUCUUUUGGGGCUGUUGCAGCGGCAACACCCUGAGGCACACAAAAAUCUUACCCGUGAGGUUGAGCGUGUGGAAAGGGAGGCCCGAAGCGACGGGGAUCUCGUUCGCCUGCGUGAGAGCUGCCGCGUGGUCCUGCAUUUACUCAAUGAACACCGAGAGUUCUUGCCGUUCGUUGCUCAGGGUUGUCCAUCGUGUCUCUCCGCCGUGUUGUCUCAAGUAGGGAAAGGGGGGAUUACUGACAACGCUGGUGAUGCCGAUAGAAACGACGGCGAUGAGAGCUGCAUGGAAGAUAUUGACAUGCUGCGUCUCGCUGCAUUGCUGUCGACGUCAGGGUCACCGGUUGAUGCCCUCGCCGACGGCGUGAGUAAGAGCCUCGAGCCGAUGACGAGGCUCGUGUUUUCAACCAACUCAGAGGUGGGGGAGUUGGCGUUGUCGUUGCUCGGUCGUGCCGUAAGGCUGUCUGCGGAUAGCGAGAGGCUUGCAGGAAGUUUGCUUGGUAACGAAAAAUUUUGGGUGAGGUUUGCACGAGCGUUCUUUGGCGAUAGCAGUAGGGCAAAUCAUCUCGACAAGGAAGCAAGGUUGUGCACUACCUCUUCCCCACCCUCGGUGCUUGCAAGUGUGCUGGGGUUACUGCGCCGCUGUUGCAUGGUGAGUAGGGUGGGGCGCGACGCAUCGUUCCGUUCCUUGCUGGUGCGUGUCUGCACCGCUGUUACUUUGAAAAACGAUGCGCGCCUGCGAGAAGAGGCGGUUCUUCUUCUUUACACGCUGCGCAUCACCUCCAGUACGGAUGAGACUGAAUGUUUGCGUGAAUGCAUUGCGGUGUUGGCCCCAGCCACGCCAGGAAGCGAGGAUGAUUGUGCUAAUGUCGCCCGCAACGGGAGUGACCCCGGGUUUGUUGACCGACUGGUGGGUGACCGCAAUAUUAUGUAUGCCAACUCCCUGAUGAAUGCCCUCAUUUCGUUGCAGAAGAACCAAUUUGAAAGCAGCGCCCGUCUUAGGGAUCUUGAGCGCAUUGCGAAAUUGUUGUUCGACCCCCAUGUUCCUUGCGGUGCAGCAGCGGCAUUGGUAUUGCUUCCUGGUGCCGUGACGUCUGUGUUCGCAGCCGCCAGCGACGUGGAGGAGAAAAUCAGUGCUUUCGCUUGUGCCCUGUUUUCCUCCGCUAUUGAGGGUUUGGAGGAGAUGUUAAGCUCUCCAAUGAACCUUGGCGCAACUGAGCAAGAGGGAGCGCUGAGGGAAUCUGACAUCUGCUCUUACCGAAGAUGUUUAGUGGAGGAUUUUCUGUCGCUAGGUGGUAUGGUUCUGCUGGAGGAUCUGUUACUGGACUACAGCAGUGGUGUGGUUUCCACGGCGACUCGCUUGGUUCGUUCACUGAUGCGCUUUUCUAGCGGGACGCGCAACCUCGUACUGGCUUCUAGGUGCUUUCCAAACCUUUAUAAAGCGCUAGAGGGUGUUAGCGGGGAGUCAAAUAUUUCCGAGUCACUGCGGUGCGGUGCUGAAGACGGCGUUUGCGCAAUGCUGCACAUAGCACUUGAUACCUUUUCCCUUCUCGGUAGCGACACUGCAUGGGUGCUUCCUGAGUCUGCUGUCGGUUGCGUUAGCAUGAUUGCCACAGAAUCGCGGAACAACGUCAGCGUGCUUGCCGCAGCACUUCGUACCCUUUCGGUGCUGGCAGCGUCUCACCCCAUGGCGGCAACCGUUGUUCUGGACUACGAUUACAUUAAUAGCGUUUUGGGGAUGGAGGGGGACGCUGCUGUGAACUCUGAUGGCGAGGAGGCGAAGGAGCCUUGGGUACUGAAUGAUACAGAUGCUGCGUAUAUUUGUGGUUCCUUUGACAUCAUGUCGGCAGUAGUUUCGCAGGAACCUUCUUGUGUUACCUUCGAAUGGAUUGAAACAUUGAUCAUGGCGACAAAGAGGGCGCAGCAUUGGCAGGAUGAGGUGCCACGGUUCGCCCGACCACUUUGGAAUGUUGUAGUGAAAACUGUUACCAUCUCGGAGGAGGGGCGCACGUAUCUGUUGGAAGAUACCGAGUUUGUUGAUGUUUUGCUUAAUACCAUGGCAUCGUGCUGCUCGUAUAUGACUCGUGGCUGCGAAAGCGAGCGUAUAAGGCACAGUGCCGAAAAUAUCGGCACUGACAACAAAGUGGUCGGUACGCCGUAUGGUGAUUGUUCAAGUGUGGUCGCCCGACUACUCCCUCUUCUCGUGCGUGUCGCAAGGUUCCUGCCAGCACUACAGCAAUCACAACCGCUGGAGGGUGCAUGUGAUCUUGUAGAGGCUUUGGCCAUUCUUCUGUCUAUGCGCGGCGCUGAAGCGUCUGUAGACCUGCUUGUCAACGUCGCCCUCUUCGCGUAUGAUAAUGAGACAACCCUGAUCAGCGUGUUUGAUCUGUUUGUAAAGGUGGGGCUACGCGCCUCUCAGGAGUUGCAGCAACGGGCAUUGGCCUCGCUUUCGGUGCUGGAGGGGGCGGAUCCAGCUGUCGUGGAGGGCGAUAUGCGGUGCGCAGAAGCACUAGGGGAUUUUGAACGCGCCACGGCGGCCUUGGGCGCACUGCUUGCCCGCUGCCGUGCUGGUGAAGGAUCUGACCUAGACAAUGAGGUAGUCGAGGAGGUUUCCGCACUCAUUUUGGCUGCUCUUAAGGCACCUUCUGACCAUCCGCCGCUCCUAUUUGCCUUACCGCCAACUGGGGCACCACCACUCCUGUCACGGCACAGGCGUAUCCUUAGUUCCACCGUCGAUUUGCUGCGUUCUGGUCACCAAAUAUUUGACCACACCGCCCAGCAGUUGUGGUGUGAACAUCAGGUUUUUCAACGGGUUUCGCGUUUUUUCGGGGCGAUUCGUGAUAGCGAGGGUGCAGAGGAGCUGCUUGACGAAAUUUGUGAUCUGCUGUCAAUUAUGUACGGCCUUCACAACCCGUGGGCUUCCGCCGAAGACAGCGGAGUUGAAUCUAGCGAUUACACCCCGUCUUGCGAUGUGGGGGACCUUCUUGUGUUCGUUGUGGAAUACAUUUUGAAUGAACGUCUUUCACGUUCCUCUUCGUGCCGCUCGCUCUUUACUCGCCUCUGUGAGUGCGCCCCCUUCAGACACGGCAUGCUUGCCGCGCAUAGGGAGAUCUACCACAGCUCACUGGAGGUGGUUUCUAAUUGCUCUGGUGAAGCUGAGGAGAGAGAAGUUUUUGAUCGAUGGAUCAAUGAAAAGUUGGAUGGUACGGUGCACGCGACAGUGGCUUAA